AUGAACUGGGCACGCAAGCAUACACACAUCCCCGUCCCAGGCAUCGUGCGCUACGAUGCCACCGAAAACAACCUCAUCGGGCAUGAAUUCACUCUACUUGAAAGGGCCCCUGGUGUCAGCGUUGACCAAAUCUAUGACAAGCUAUCUAUGGAGACAAAAACCAAUAUGGUCCGCCAACUGACAGACUAUUUGAUUGAGUUGUAUUUACACCCUUGGAAAGAUGGGUACGUGGGUGGGCUUACUCUCCACGGCAAUGGCGAAAGCGUAUGCGGGCCACCCAUUGACGAAUUCUUUUGGCAGGUGCCGGAUCUUGAGAAGUACUGGCCUUCUCCCGAAAUGCAUGAGAUAUUAGACAUGAUCAACCCUAUACCUGUGGAGGGAUUUACAAGUUACGUAGCAUUCAAUGUCGGUUGCUUGGAGCGGUACAUCCACGCAAUAAAUGUACAUCCUUUACUCGAACCCUACCGAGACACGGUAUCUCGGCUGCAAUCUCUUAUCGUCACGCUAGAGCAGCCUGCAUUUAAAGACCAGCUCAAUCGCGUCGUUUAUGUAUUCGCGCAUAAGGACUUGCAUCUCGGGAACAUCAUGUGUGACCCCGAGGAGCCAGGAUACCAAUCACCGCUAUACUAG